CCAGAACACGACAACACCACUUCUGAGACAGGCGCCCCCUCCAACCUGCUCACUAGCCAAACCGACCAGAGGCAGUAGGAAAAAAAAAUAACACGCGCAAACCCUGCCGUUUCCGCCAAAAUAUCUCAUCAACGCCCACCAGAACACCUACGGCGCAUCGAUGCUUGUGAAUGUGUGGACCUCUAGUCCAGCACUCGGACCUCCACUAGCUCCCUAAAGAGACCAGUGACAGGCGCAGCCCGGCCCUGGUCUUCUUCUCAUCAUGGAGCGCCAGGACCCAGACGUCCGCUCGCGAUCGCACUUGAGCAAUUCUUCUCAUCAUCACCACUCUCUGGAACCGCCCGCGCUCUUUUCUCGAUCUGCCGACCGCAGCACAACCACAACCACCGCGUCCCCCGACCCUCGCGCCGCUGCCCGCCAUAAUGUCCCAGUCGAGUUAGACGCCGAGGAUUUCUACAAAGGCUACCAACAAAAUCACCACCACCGCGACGUCUUGCCUGCAGCCGCCCCCGCGGCUUCCAAUGGUGCGGCGUCAACUACACGGCAUAUUGGCCUCCUCUCUACGCGGACCCUACCCACUACUAAUCCUAAACUGAUGUCUGCCCCCGGUGCUGGCACUGGCGGCCGGCUGCCAUCUGGAAAUAUCAGCGUCAAGGAUCUCAAGAAGCGAUUUGACCAACCUCAAGAUGAACUGAUCCCGCCACCACGGGCUCCAACCCGUCCAUCUGCCCCAGCAGUAGCCAAGCAGGACCCUGCUGGUGCUCUGAGGUCACGGCAUACGUCAAAUCCUCGCGUUCGAACCGACGGUGCGUCGGAAAAGACUGAUAAUCCGCAGUCGUUUGCAAACCGCAUGCAGAAUUCGAAUCGAUCCGACAACUCUAAUCUACAUAAAAUCCAGCAGCAAACGGCAGCAGUAGCGUCCAGUGCUGCAGCAGGCCCUCUUCUAUUUGGGGAGAUCCGGCCGGGCCAGGAUGACUCGAUGCGGGCGGGCCACGGUAUCGAAGUUGUGAAACCCGAAUAUCCAUCUGAUUACAGCCUUCAUGAACUUGAUGCGCCGCGGAUGAACUAUGACAAUGACCCAGAACCAGCAUCUCCUUCUCAGUGGUAUCGUUCUGCGCAACUUCAGCAACUCCCCACUGACGAGAUCAACCAUACGCCCGACCAAUCCCACACCCAAACAGCCACACCCGCCAAACCAAUCUCCCACACCGAAACUACAUCUCCAACCUCAAAACUCCCACUUCCGACCAGACGCCUGCAAACAGCCCCCAAUGCAUCCGCGUCUUCAGAUCCUUCGCUUGGCACCGCGAAGCCGCCGCUGCCGCCUAGCGUUCCAACCGGCGCGGCUCGACCGCCGUCCCGAGCCAAGACUCCUACAGCACGGGCCAAAACCCCUACUCAUCAAAUUCGCGAGAGAAAAGCUCCCCCGACGAGUAUUAAUUCGACGAGACAAGGCAACUCGUCUGCCUCUCUCCCGACAAAAUCUCCUACUACUGGUACACGUCCACGACAACCUGUAACUGUAGCCACGACCGCCAGUUCUCGUAUGCGCGAAUCAGAGAGGGCAAGAAAUAAGACGCAAGAAGGUAGCUCAAGGCGCAGACUUGUCUCUAUUGGCCCGGUCGAUUUUGAACAACGAAGAGAGCACAUCCGCCUGGCAUAUACUCGAUCAAUCCGAGAAAGCCAAGCCUUUGAAGCCAAACAGAAGGCCGCCGAUCGUCGUGAACAAGAGGCUGAACAAACUGCUGCCGUUGAAUUGUCUGCUUCGAGAUCAUCCCAAAGAUUUGAACUCCCGGCGUCAAAGUCAUCGCAAAGGUUUGAACUUCCAGCGUCGAAAUCAGCUCAGCGCAUACCGGCGGAGCUUCCAGCGUCAAAGUCAUCGGAGCUGACGCCAGGCGGAAAUGAUCGCUCCACAGCUAGAGACUCGAUGCAAUCCAACUCAUCUCAACUCUCUGCAACAUCUCGACUACUUAAGCGUCGGUCGCGUUCCACUAGUGAGCGAAAAGGCAUUGCCGAGGGCCUAGCUGCUACACUCUCCAUCUCUACUGCACUGGCCAGUUCUAACAGAACCGGAGUCUCACGCAGCGCUAAGAGUUCGCCAGCAUUGGAAUUACCAGGUUCAUUCCCAACCCCUUCGUCAUCAGAUCUGAACGAACCACCGCAUUCUGCAACCUCUGCCGUCACAGAAUUCGACAUUGAGCCCCAGAUUGGUAUUGAUGAACAGGAUGAGUCCACGACAUCGAUACCUCUUGCAGUUGGAAACAGGACAGAAGAUACUUCAGAUGCACAGUUGCAGGAGUCGACUCAACGAGAGGAAGCCGAAGAGCGUGAUGCGACCAGCUACUACCGGCGACACGAACAAAAAGCCAGCGAUGCUACAAUUGCUCCCAUUAGCAACCUACCCCCAUCGAUCUCCUUGGAGUUUACAGACGAUUUUGAAGAAAGCCUAAGCCUAGGCCCGCCUGCUCCUACAUUCAACAACUAUUCGACCACAGUAACCAUCAUUUCCGAUUCUAUGCCACAAACAGCCGUGCCCUCGCGUGAAACAUCGACGAUUCAACCUUCAGUUCUUGACGAAUCCGACUGCUAUUCAGAGCUCGAGAACGGAACAGAUAUUUCUCAGAGUGGCCGGCGCGGCUCUGACGAUGCGAAUACUGAUGCAUGUACAGAGGAAACCGACGAUCACUCUCGAAACGAUGAAGCGCGCCAUGGACUAUACGACCACGUGGACUCACAACGGGCGUCAACCUGCGCUUCAUCUGACAUGGGCGGCAUUUUCGACGACAUGACAAAUACCACAUAUGAACAGCGCCUUCAUGAUCACACAGCUCUUAGCCUACCUCCAUACGGAGCUCGACCUGACCGAUUUAGCCGCCAAUCUGGCUGGACAGAAUACUCUGAAAUGUCUGAUGUAGCAAGGCAAUCGACUCACUCGACCCGAGACAGCAUCCAAAACGACAGCGCAUUCCAUCAAUACCAAAGCAAUUCAACACACGACUUCUCAGAGGUGGAUGAUAGCUCUAGGCAGUCACUGCUCAACCCUGAUCAGGAUGGCCUGGGCACUUCUGGCUCUAUUUCAGGGUCAGCACUGGAAUCGAGAGCGUCAAGCAUCUUUUACGAUCAACCUCUUGAUAGUAGCACACAUGGCAAUUCCGAACGGGACAGUGACGGCGUCUUGUCGCACUCAAUUACGCCACAGUCUAUUGACACGGGGUCUGUCGAGAUUGCUGAACAGGACCAAAUCAAAACCCCUGUUUUAGAUCUAAACUCGAAACCACUGCCCCCCAUUGUCGACGAAGAGGCUGUGAAGGCUAAGCGCCGUCUGGUUCAGCGUCGAAAUGUUAUCAAGGAGCUCGUCGAUACAGAAGCCAUUUUUGUACGCGAUAUGAGCAUUGUGGAGGAAAUCUACAAAGGAACCGCAGAAGCUUGCCCGAAACUUGACGACCAGACGGUGAAGCUCAUUUUCCGCAACACUAAUGAGAUUGUCGAGUUCCAUACCGUGUUUUUGGCUGAGCUGAAAGAAGCCGUGACGCCAAUCUACAUCCCCAAAGGCUCCCGCAGGACUCAGAUGCAAACACCUACAGCCGAUACUAACGGCAUACCCAAGCUGGAACUUACACCAGAAGCAGACCGCGAAGUCUUCAUUGGCCCACUCUUUGCUCGCCAUAUUGAGAAUAUGAAGAAUGUACACGAGGUGUUUUUGCGUAACAGCGACCAGGCUGUGAAACGACUUGUUCAAAUCCAGCAAGAUGCUACGGUCAAAGUCUGGCUCUCCGAAUGCAAUGAGGUAGCGAAGGAUCUCACUGCGGCUUGGGAUCUCGAUUCGCUAUUGAUCAAGCCAAUGCAGAGAAUAACCAAGUAUCCGAACCUCAUUCUCACCAUGCUCCAGCACACUGCACAAGACCACCCUGACAGAGAAGCACUUGUCACAGCCAAGGAUAUUGUAGAAAGUUCCAUCUUGGAGAUCAAUAAGACGAAGAAGAACUUCGAACUGGUGGGCCAAAUCGUCGGCCGCAAACGCCGAGACUCGGACGUCAAGACUGGCUUGGCUAGAGCAUUCGGCAAACGAGUUGAUAAGCUUCAAACCGCUGGCGUCCGCCCUAUUGAGGAUCCCGACUACGAUAAGUUGAAGGAGAAAUUCGGCGAUGACUACCUUCGUUUGCAGGUUGUCCUACGCGAUGUUGAGUUCUACACCAGACAAGUAUCAGAAUACUGCCACGAGUUCCUUCAGUAUCUGUCAUCAAUCGAAUUGGUAAUGCGACUACAGCCCGGUGCCUACCCAGAACUGGAGAGCAAAUGGGUUCAGUUUAACAUCUCAAUGAGAGAUUUGGAAAAAGUCGUUUUAGAAGAACAUUUGACCCAAGUUCGCAAGAAUGUUAUCGAACCGUUUGAACAAGUCAUUAAGGCUUAUGGCAACCCUUCAUUGGCUAUGAAGAAACGAGAAAAGCGUCGGGGUGAUUACGAACGCGCUGAACAACUACGCCGAGGCGGCAAAACCUUGGACUCCAAACUGCGGGAACAGGUAGAGCAGUACGAGGCUCUUAACGAUGCGCUAAAGACGGAGCUACCUAAACUGUCGCAGUUAACCGAAAAGGUUGGCAAUAUCUGCCUGGGCAAUCUUGUCAACAUUCAGACAAACUGGUACAAAAUCUGGACUGACAAGAUGAAAAUGGUCGUUACCAACUGCGCCGAUGUCCCAGACAUCAACGAAAUUGUUGCAACAUUCCAGGCCGACUUUCCAUAUGCGGCAGAGCAGGUUGCCAAUAUUGGUAUCCUAAACCCAGCAUAUCGCGGCAGAAUUUCUCAGUCCACCUCGACGAGCACAGACGAGCAUCAGUUCCGACACAGAUCGCGUACAGUGGACGGCGACAGACGUGGCCGUGGCAUGUCUAUGAAUGAUGAUUCAACCUCCAGUCUGCCAGUGUUUGACGGGUCGAAGCGCCAUAGUGGAUCAGCAGCCAUGUCGCCUAACCUCAGCAGCAGCGGCGUAGGCUCCUCAACUGCGGCACCUAGCCCUCACCAAUACUACUACCGAGACUACUAUACGUCGGCGCAUGGCACUGCAUCAGCGUCUCCCAAGUCUACAGAUGCAAGCUCUGGGCCUCGAUCUACCUUUGGAACAGGGGUUGCUUCUACAAGACCAAGCACCAGUCGCAGUGGCGAUUCGACCGCCAUCACCCGACAAAGCGUCGACUCGAUAGCACAUAAACGGGAAUCUGGAAAUCCUAGCACGGUCAGCUAUAUGUCACAAGAAAGCAACCGCUUCUCAAACAUGUUCCACUCAGCGCUGCCCGACGGCCAGGGCGAAAUCAACCGCACAUCACAGUCAUCUGUUCACGAAUUGGGCGAUACAAGUAGCGGAUAUACAGUUUUGUGGCUUGCAGCAUCUCUCUUUGAGUUUAAUAUUUCCACGACAAAGCAUGAGGCCGGUUAUCCUUACCUUACGUACCAAGCUGGAGAAAUUUUCGACGUUAUUGCAGAGAAGGGAGAACUUUGGCUGGCCAAGAACCAGGACGACCAUACCCAGCAAGUUGGCUGGAUCUGGUCUAAGCAUUUUGCCAGAUUAGCCGAUUCCUAAAGCAAUCGAUGAAAAGGUACACUGCAGCGACGAGGCAAAUUGGAAUUUCCCCCAUUUGCCAAUACAGUAACAAAAUACCAUUGGAGAAGAUUUGAAAGAUAAAAAAGAUGAGGAGGAUGUACGGAAGGCGUUUUCUAUUAAAGGCAUUUACACAGCAAACGGGACAUCAUGACACCAGGGAUGAAGACUUGCCCUUUUACUUUACCCACGUUUUCUUCUGUUUUGUUUUUGAACUUUCUUUGACUUUUUUUUUCACCUGCUCUUGUAUGAAGCUAAGCGAUUCAAAAAUUGCAUUGUCUUUCUGUCCUUGUUACUUACUUUCCUUUCCCCACUUGGCUGUAAUUAUACCGAGCUUUGAAUUCGCUCUAGAGCAGUUCGUUUUCCUAGACAAACAAUACGAAAAAGGUUUUGAUGAUGCAAAUUGUUAAAGAUACCCCAUUUAUUCCAGGAGUGGCUAUGGGAUAGCUAUCUGUUGAUACAAAAACAGGUGAUGUACUCUUUGCGUCAAUUUGGUCGUUGCAAGACUAUUGCUGCCACAGACGCGUAGUCCAUAAUCGAAGGCAAUGUGACACAGUAUCUUACUCGUUAUUAGAUACUUUCUCCCAUUCGUCUUCUGUGCUAACUCCAGAAGCCUCUGCCUUUGCCGCCUUGCCACCCUUUCGCUUGGUGACUGUGCUGGUGCUUGCGUCGGCGUCGGCGCCGGUAGUUUGCUUAGGCUUCUUACCAACAUCUUCCACCUCUGUUUCUUCGCCGUCUUCUUCUUGAUCUGGUUUCACAUACUCCUUCUUCCCGUCAAAGUCUCCCCGGGCCUUGGCUGCUGCUAGUUCUGCCGCAAACCAGUUGAUGGACCACCAGAGGCCUCCCGAAAGUACUGAGAGGACGACAAAGUGGAUGCUGUAAGUUGAGCAGAGGAGAAUAAAGAGGAGAAGCUGAAGAGCAGCAAAUGUCGCAUUGGCGGCCUGCAGGAGAACUGGGGUAGGGCCGGGUACAAAGAUGGACUCCCAUAGGUCAACUACGAAGGAUGCCAUAGUGGAUGAGCUGAGCUGUGAGGGUGGAGUGUGGUUAUGAUGAAGGUGUGUAGCGUUGGUAAUUGAUGAUGUAUUGCUUCUUGAACUUCUUCCAAGUGCUAGAGCUUUGCGAUCGGCUUUUGCGCUUUUGUACUGAUGAUAUAAGUACUGCUGCCUGGCCACAAACUCAGGCCACGUCGCAGUUGGCGUUGAGUCACCGCGCAAGGGGCAGGGCCACGAAAUGCUUGCAAAUAGCAAACGGAGAUUAAGAUCUAAACGAGCUUCUGUUGUUGUGAAAACUUAUUUCACCAGCCGAGUCAGGUUCUGCUGCCGCGUCGAAAUCGGAGUUGUCGUGUAUCCUGUAAAGUGAGGGUUUGACUUCACGGGGCGCGACUGUGGCUACAAUGUGGCUGGUGGAUUCGGCGCGGCCGCAGGUUCCGGGCAACGAUCUUUGAUUGUUUUGUUACCACCAUGAGAGGUUUUGUCUAUUAAAUUAUACCAAUCGCAUCCUACUCGCGUACUUGAUGAUUUGACAGAUCUUGGGCUCGCCUAGGGGGCUUCUAAUGUGUGUUUUGCUUGAGUGGCGCCUGUCCGAAUCCUUCAGAGCCACCACUAUUACUGGUAGCCAGAGCCCCCGCCUGACACUGCAGUUGGAUUGACUUUACGCUUUUCGAACUGUAUAAUAAAUAUAUUGUCGUUAUAAACGUAAAUAUUGUUUUUUAUUGCCGAGGAUGUAAGGUUUGGAGCUUAGUUGAGUUAACAGCGCGGUUGAAGCGUUGCCACGAGGCGAAGGGCGUCGAUGACGUGCGGUUGACUACACUUAUCCAUAUCGUUAGUUAGCUCAGAGAAGGCCGUAACAGCUCAAGUAUAAUAUGUAAUCAACUUGGAAGGCGUGAAUGAUGGUUACGUCCACGCCUACUUGCCAUGGAUUGGUGGCGUUUGAGAGACUCCGAUUGGGGUGGGAGGGGGAUUCGCUGGGAGGCAGACAAGAGGUUCUCAGCUCUCGCUGAGUAUAAUUUCUUUUCUAAAGCCACUAAUAGAAAAGAAUACGGCCCGGGAGUUCAUCUCAGC